AUGGUGAAAUUCCAUAUAAGGAUUAUACUUAUGUUCGGUUUACCUGUUACUUCUGCUGAUAGCAAGAAGAAGAAAUAUAGGGAUUCUAACUCUGAUAAACCUUAUAGGAAAAAUAGGUGUAGAUAUAGAUCUAAGGAAGAGCGCUACGCUAGAAAAGCUUUUCGUAAGUCUAAUAGAUUUACCAAAAAUAGGUCUAAGCGUGAUCUCGCUAAAAUUAAGUGCUAUAGAUGUGGAAAUUUUGGUCACAUACCACCAAAUUGUAAGCUUGAAAAGUUGAAAUCCUUAGAACUUGAUGAAGGAGUUAAUGAUAAGAUUUAUAGUUUGUUAUAUACUUCUGGUUCUGAGUCUGAUUAUUAUUCUGAUUCUGAAGAAGAAAUUGAUUUGCUUGAUAUAGCUGACAGUAAUCAGCAUGAUAAAACGAAUACUUGCAAUACCUAUCAUGAUGAUAUAUGUUCUUGUGAAAAUGAUGAAUUUUAA